AUGUCGAUGGAGAUGGGUCCUUCAGAGCAGGGGGACACGACGGAGGAGGUGAUCAAAGACUCUGGUGAGGUGACCGUGGAGAAGGGUGCAAAGGUCUCAGAGGUUGCUUUGUCGGAGGAACCUGAAGAGGGGGAAAUCACGGUUGGGAGUGCAGUAGACCUAAAAAACACGUUCGAUGGCGAGAUGGUUUUAGGAGACAAAAACCCUAAGGUGGACAAAACAGAAGUGAAAACGGUAUCUUGGGCGUCGGUGGUUAGAACCAGGACGGAGAUGGUGCACUAUGAUCUGACGGUAGAAGAGAUCGAUGGUAUUCCGACGACUACACUACCAGGCAAUGCCCUCAAGGACUCUCCUCUUUGGGCUGAUUUCUUAGUGGGCAAGUUUCUAUCAACAGCUCCUUUUGUUGGUAAAAUUCAUGCGCUGGUGAACCGUAUCUGGACUUGGGGUGACAAAACGGUGAAGAUUGAUGUGUACGUUGUGGAUAGCACCACAGUUCGAUUUCGAAUCAAGGAUCAAAACGUUAAAGCGAGAGUCUUGCGCAGGGGAAUGUGGAAUCUCUGUGAUGUCCCUAUGGUGGUGACUAAAUGGAGUCCCAUUGCAGAAAAGGAACAACCUGAGAUGACAUCAAUCCCUUUGUGGGUUGUUGUUAAGAAAGUCCCGCCACACCUAUACUCAUGGUUGGGUCUAAGUGCUUUAACAAGUCCUCUGGGUACCCCGAAGAAGCUUCACCCAGACACUGAGGCCUGCAAAAAUCUAGAAGAGGCUAAAGUUUUUGUUGAGGUCAAUUUAACAAAAGCUUUGCCAACAUGUUUUCGGUUCAAGUCGGAGACUGGACCUGACUUUGUGGUAGAUUAUGUUUUCCCAUGGCUACCUCCGUUUUGUGAAGGAUGUAACAAAUGGGGACACUUGAGCAAGGAAUGCGUUUCACGCAAACAGGACGGUGUUGUAAGGGCUGAACACAAAGAUACGUAUGUGGAGGUUGUGUCACAAGACAAAGUAAACUUUCCAGUGUCGAAGGAACUGGGUUGUGGAACAGUAACUGGUACUUCGGGAUCACAAAACAGGGAAACAGAGAACCCUAAACAAACAGAUGAUGCGAUGGGAUGGAUUACUCCUUCUAAACCAAGUAAAAGCCCGGUAAAGAAGGCAGAAUUGAAAUUUGGUGAAGUGUCAAUUCUGUCUAACUCACGCUUUGAAAUCCUAAGCAACAAAGGUGAUAACGGAGAAGAAAUUGGGGAACUUAUUACUCAAGGGGAGGACAUAAGUUCUAUGGAGGAGAUCGGUCAUGUGGCGAAACCAGAGCAGAAGCUCGAAGUUGAAACAGAACGAGCUGCGCCUACCAUUCCUGAAGUGGGUCAGGCCACUAAACGAGGUCCAAAGGAUUCUGGGGGAGGUGUGCUGCGAUUGCCGCUACCACGGUCCUCAAAGAAUUCUCAUAAGUUCAUCUCCAAUUCCAGCACCGCAAACGCAAAGGAGGUUAAUCCUAGUGCUCGAGGAUCCCACAGGAAGAAGCUUUGGGAGGACUUGAGGGCCCACAGGGACUCUCUGUUGUUUCGUGGAAAAGCUUGGAUGAUCAGUGGGGAUUUUAAUGAAAUACUAAAGGCUGAGGAGCAUUCCUUAUACGAUGUCUCGCCUUCUAUUCCGCUGGGAAUUAGGGAUUUUCAGGAGAUGGUGAACCACUGCGAGCUUAUUGAUUUAACGCAUCAAGGGCCGUUAUACACUUGGUGUAAUAAACGAAGAGAAGGUUUAAUCUGCAAGAAGCUUGACCGUAUUUUGGUGAAUCAGGAGUGGUGCUCCAAGUAUGAUCGAUCAUAUAGCGUAUUCGAGCCGGGAGGAUGUUCUGACCAUCUUCGCUGCAGAUUCUACAUUAAGGAGCCUAGUGGAAGAAUUACAAAGCCGUUUAAAUACUCCAAUGCUAUCGCGUCCCACCCGGAUUUUUUGAAGGUUGUGAAAGAGCUAUGGGACUCUACCUCUCCCCUGUAUCACUCGACAUCUGCGACGUAUAGAAUGACGAAGAAGCUCAAGCUGAUGAAACCCUAUAUGAGAAAGAUGGGAAGAGAUCUGUUAGCUGAUAUUUCCAAGAGGACUAAAGCUGCGUAUACUCUGUUAUGUGAGUUGCAGAGCAAGACGAUGCUUAAUCCAACUUCUACGGCAGUCGAUGAGGAAGUAACUGCUUUAGCGUCAUGGAAUAGACUGGCGGACAUUGAGGAGAAGUUCCUUUGUCAAAAAGCCAAAUUACAUUAG